UAUAAGUAUAGCUGCAAGUACUGGCACAAAAGAAGAAAGAUGUCACCGACAAAUGUAGCUAUGUUCUUUGUCUCUUUGGUCAUUAUUAGCACAGCAACUGAUGUUGCUCCAGGAACCGAACAGUUUCAGUCCUUACUAAGUUCUCAGGAACAUGAGAAGCCUCAGUUUCUUACUGUGAGAGGAUGCAACAACGAUUGUGAAACAUCUUGCUGUGACUGCAACAUAGAGAUUCAGCCUCCGAUUUGUGUCCAGUGUUGCCUGAUUUGAGCUUUGUGUGGACAGUUUUAUAUAUAUAUAUAUAUAUAUAUAUAUAUAUAUAUCUGUUUGUUCACAUUCCUUACUCAUACUUGGCUUUAGCCCAUUUCUUUAUUUGGCACAGCUCAAUUUAGGUAUUAAUGACUUGUGCCAAGUAUGAACUAUAAUGUCAACAACCUCGAAUCUUUUUUUAAAUUCAUCACUCUGUUAUUGCCUUAUCAUUUCAAGAUAAAUGAAUUGUCAAAUGAUUUAACAUUUGCACGUUAUCUAUAUACAACAACUCAUUAACUUGACCUACAAACUACUCUUUUGGAUCUUUACGCUAAGACCUUUUUGAGCAUAUUCCUUCUUCCAUUAAAGGCUCCUUGGCUUUUAUAUAUCCCUCAAGGCUUAACUUCCAAUUCAAAGUGCUUCCCUUUUUCUUUCUUUAAAAUGAGACGAGAAGGUCGGCAACAUGGUAUUGUCCGAACUUACCGGAUUCUUCCACCGCCGCUUAAUCCAAGGCUGGUCAACUCUGCAACUCCAUCCACAUCCUCAGCAGUUUUUACCAAAUUGCCAUCGAAACCGACCAGAGCUCACAGGAGAAUAUGGUAUGGCCAGGUGCAUUGGCUGAGAUCAAACGACAUGGCUUCUUCGUCCAGCUACAAACUCCUCACUUGUCGUAUCAUUACCAGACCCGGGACCAGAUCCGUUUUGGAUCUUGCCGGUUUAUCUGAACUUAAUGGUAAUGGCGACGAUUUUAAAGAAGACAAAGGAGGAGAAGCUGAAGAUGAAAUGACAAAUAGAGAGAAUGGACAUAAUAGCGACAAAGAAGAUGGCGGGGAUGUUGAUGAAAGCAUGAGUUUUUACGAUGUGGGGAUAAUGAUGGAACAUGUGUUAGAUCACGAUGACGAUGAAGAAGAAGAAGAUGGUUGGUGUUUGGUCUGAAAAAAAGGAAGUAAUGAUCAUGUCUCUCUCACGUGGAUCAGCUUUUUUUUUUUCUUUUGCAUAUUCAAGUGAAUGUAAUUCGAUUCUUUAUGUAAAGUUAAUCCAAUCCCUUCUUCAUCAACAAGAGCCAGUUUAAAGAUAAAGAUUCAGACCAAAAAGAGAAAUUAAAGUUGUAUUUUCAUUACAUAAGUAGAUAGAAAUCAAAAGUAAAACAAAAGAAGCUAGUUCUAGCGUUUCUUCUUCUUCUUCCUAAUGCGCUCAGACUCUUUUAAACAGGUGAUAAAAGGGUGUAAUCGGUGCCAUCUACGUGAUGAAAUCGCUAAGUAGCUUGAUCGAACUAUGAACUCAAUCUUUUUAUUUCUCCCAUUUGCCAUUUUGGCAGACUUGUGUAGAGCUGCUUCCUUCAAAGUUGUAUUCUUUCAUCUUCUUUGUCUUUAUUAUGAUUCUCUUACAUUUUUUGGCUUCAAACAAAGACACAUAAACUGCUUCUUCUUCUCUGUCUUUCUCUGCACCACACACACCAUAUAAAUGAGAAACAUCUCUCUUCUUUUUAAUUUAACCAUGAGAUUUCAAUU